UUACCAAAGGUAUUGCUUCGAGAAGCCAUGUUACCGAGAUGCCCUUCAGAUAAUUGUAUUUUAAUAUGUGAUUAAGAGAAUGAUGAUUUAUAUCGGAAUUUCAAUAUACAUAAACAGAUUUUUAACAAAAGGUCAAGAAAUUUCUCUGUAAAAGUGGACACUGUGUGCUACAAUUCAUGCGUUUUACUUUAACAAUGAAGCCACCUUCGUCUGCAAGAAGUGGAUUACCAGCACUAUUCCUUCUGUCCUGUCUUGUGAGCUGGUCAUCUUCGGAAGACGUUGUGAAAAUUCGACCAUUUCAUUUUCCUAAGUUUGUGGAAGAAGGCGAAGAAGUUCCAAUAGUUUGUGGACUAAGAGAAAGAGACGAGGAUGUCAAAUUUUCUUGGUUUAAAGACUGUUUCUUAUUAGAGCCUCAAAAAGGAGUUAAAAUUCUGUCCACUGGUGAGUUUUCUGUACUCACCAUCACAGACGCCAACGGUCAAUCGUCGGGGAAUUAUACCUGUAAAGCUGAAGUCUCCACUGGAAGAGAUGACCACACAGCCGAGCUCUUAGUCAAAGGACCUCCGUCGUGGCGUUCGAAGCCAUCAGAUGUCUCUGCCAAUCUUGGUGAUAGGGUGAAAUUUCCUUGCGAAACGUUUGGUUUUCCAAUUCCCAGAAUAACGUGGACGAACGAGAAUGGUGACUUGUGGGAAAUGGAACCAGAAAAAGAAACACCAACUCGUGUCCACGUUAUCAAAGAUGGCGCGUUUGUCAUAGAAACUGUUAAGGAAGAAGAUGGCGGACUUUAUACGUGUAAAGCCUCAAAUGGCAUUGGAGUAGGGUUACAGAAAACUAUACGACUGAAUAUUAUAGGUGAAUAAAGGCUUUACCACUGAUUCUUGU